GGCAUCGUCUCCAUCAUGACUCUGGCGGCUCUGGCGUAUGAGCGCUACAUCCGGGUGGUGCACGCCCAGGUGGUGGACUUCCCCUGGGCGUGGCGGGCCAUCGCCCACAUCUGGCUGUACUCGCUGGCCUGGACCGGGGCGCCUCUGCUGGGCUGGAACCGCUACACGCUAGAGAUCCACCAGCUGGGCUGCUCCCUGGACUGGGCAUCCAAAGACCCAAACGACGCCUCCUUCAUCCUCUUCUUCCUCUUCGCGUGUUUCUUCGUGCCCGUUGGCAUCAUGGUCUACUGCUAUGGCAACAUCCUCUACACAGUGAGAAUGCUGCGUUCACUGCAAGACCUGCAGACGGUCCAGAUUAUAAAGAUCCUGCGCUACGAGAAGAAGGUGGCGGCCAUGUUCCUACUGAUGAUUUCCUGUUUCCUGGUGUGCUGGACGCCGUACGCCGUGGUUUCCAUGAUGGAGGCGUUCGGCAGGAAGGCCAUGGUCUCUCCCACCGUGGCCAUCAUCCCGUCCUUCUUCGCCAAGUCCAGCACGGCGUACAACCCCGUCAUCUACGUGUUCAUGAGUAGAAAGUUCCGGCGUUACUUCCUGCAGCUGCUCUGCUCCCGGCUCUUCCAUAAGAUCUCCUGGCUGCAGCAGAACCUCAAAGAGCGGCAGCCGACGCCCGCCGAGCGCCCCAUCCGUCCCAUCGUCGUCUCCAGCGCCUGCGACUCCAGGGACCGGCCCAAGAAGAGGGUCACCUUCAACUCCUCCUCCAUCGUCUUCAUCAUCACCAGCGACAAUUUCCAGCAAUUUGACGUCACCUCCAAGGCCAGAGAUUCCUCGCAGGUGAACGUCAUCCAAGUGAGGCCGCUGUGACCUUUGACCUCUUGGUAAUGCCUUAUGACCAAACAUGCAGUUCCACGCCAAGCUAAUCCCGCCUGACCUCCUCGGCUGUUUCUGUGUCUGAACGCAGCCCCAGACUUUUUACAACUGACUGUAAAUACCCAACAGGAGGCAACAUCCUCAUUAGACAUCAGCUGUGGUGAUAUUAGGUAAUUGCAUAGUUGAUUAACUAGUUUUAUGUCAUGCAGUGUGUGGGAGAGUAGCUGCAUUUCUGUUACAAAUCAGCUCAAAACUUUGUCAACAUUCUACACUAAUGCCGGAAAAACACAAUUUUGCAAUUGUGAUGUUUAAGUUAAAUGAGAAACGGGAUUAAAAUCACAGCUGAAUAAGUCUGUUCAUCAAAAGUCAUUAAAAAACAUGCUGCCUAGGCCUGUCGCAAUAAUCAAUUAAACACAUGAUAAAUUAAAAAUAUCAA